AAAUGCGUGAGUUUGAUUUCACUGUCAAAUGUACCGAAAAGGGGAAGAAACACUUGAAUUUGUCUUAAUCUUAGAUAUUGGUAACUCCUGCUUAAUUUUAUUACCUUUUCUUCUUCCCCUCUUUUCAUGCAUGAUUAAAUGAUUUUAAGACAUUUCCAUUCCUGUCUAGGUUAACUGAUCCAUGCUUACAGUUCAUGAAUUACAACUAUCCUUAAUGCAAGUCUGCAAUCUCGGAGAGCCAGGAUGUGAGGGACCACUAAGUAUUUUCUGGCUAGCGUUUGGGUUGAAGAAUGUCUUGGUCUUCUAAAGGACGAUUAGUCGGUGUCUCUUUAGAAGAUACAGGUGUGCUGUUCUACAAAUUAAAAAGCAGUAUUAAAAAAAUUAAUCUCAGUGAAAUAAUGCUUUUCUGGGUAAAUCACUCUAAUGCUAAACUUUCCUAUAUGUAACAGGGACUACCAAGAGAUGUCCUUGAAAUGUUUUUGUAGCUUACUGUAUGCUGAGUGCUCAAGUUGUAGUGUCUUGUCCCCUAUGACCAGGACAGUAGGUAUUCAUGCUUUCCCACCAUCUUCACUGUUAACAGGGUUAUUGUGGUAGAACCUGUCUUGUCAGGCAAAACAAUUCUCUUGACAGAGAAUCUUAAAAUAAUAACUUGGCUCAAAAACUGAAAUAGACAAAAAGGUAGGCUUGUAGUGCAGGAGUUACUUUCUGAAUUUGUGGGCAACUACUAAUGUAAGUCAGCUGCCUUAUUUUCAUUUCUGAAAUGGCAAUAAUUUCAGUGUCUGAACCUGUUUGAAGGUACGUGUCAUAGUAAAAAUGGAUGGUGGCAGAAAUUUGUAAUUCACGGCUCAGACACAAAGUCACUGAUUCUUGAAUUUCUGCACUUCAUAGGGGUGUUGACACUUCUUUUGUCUCUAGGAUUCUAGAUACUAAUUGGAUUCUAGACUAUUUUAACACCUGCAGUUGAAUAGUGGCUACUUUUCCUUUUACUCCUAGUGAGGCCAGGUGACUCCUGGCAUGUAUAAAUGUAGACUAAAAUAAUGGGGAAUGUAGUUUUGUUACUGCAACUGGCUAGAGAAUGAAGUCUUCUAAUUUCAGUAAGCGUGAAGAAUGCAAAGAAUAUGGCUGAAUCCUAAACAAGGUACAAGGGAAGAUUUUUUUUUUAAGAGGUUUUAAUCAAUUUGGGGUAAAAAUGGAAAUGUCAAUAGAAUUAAAGCAUUGUCAGAUGCUAAAAUCUGCAGUUUGUACCAAUUCUGCUUGCUUCAAGUGCAAAAAGAUGCUAUAUAGCCAGGCUUGAUAACCCAGCCUUUGUUGGUACUAAUGGUGUGUGCAUGAUGGAUGAGUGUCUGAGGACACCUGAAUGAUGAGUUUCACUUAAAUUUUGAUGAGCGUCAAAGUGGUAUCUUCUUAACAGGUAGUUAAGGUCUUAAAAAUAGACUUAAGUUUUUUAUUAUAAAAAUGAAUUAAAAAUAGUUCUCUAAAUUCCAUGUUAAUUAUUUUGAGGACUGCACUAACAAUUUUUUUUUCCUCCAGGAAUAAGCUUGUAUUAGUGAUAUUAUAUGUUUCAUUCACAAAUUGCAAACACACCAAUUUGCUGUAUUUUAACAAUGUAAAUGAUGAUUUUUUUCCUGUGUAAUAAGGCAGCUUGUAUCAAACACAAGUUCUCUGUGAUACCAAAACUCAGAAAAUUAAAAUUAUUCUCAACACUAUGCAGACAUAAGAAUGUUGUCAAUCUCUAUUAUUUUUGAUACAAGAUGCUCAAGAAGUACCUUUAUGGGAAGGGCAAAAAAAAAAAAAAAAAGAGUCUGAAUAGUUCUGUCAGUUUUGUUACUAAAUGUCUUGGAACUUGUUUAAUUUAAAAAUUUGAAGAAUUGAAAUUAAAAAUGAAGGAUUUAUUUGUAUGUAUGUCCUCAUCAUGGAAACAUCUGUGCUAGGGCUGUGCACAAGAGGCGUCAGGUGUGCAGCAUGCCAUCUUUUCCCACUUGGAGUUCUGUGUAGAGGAAGUGUUUGAGUACCUGGUUCAGGAAGCAUCUGCAGCCUGAGCAGUACUUGGGUCUGUGAAGGAGCAGCGCAGACCAACUGUGCCAGGUAGGAGUAUGGAUUUCCCAGUUGGCGUAUCUGUCAGGUGCAGGAGGUGGAUGCUGAGCUUUAUGGCUCGGGAGGAGUCACGUUGAACUCGAGUUUCCACAACAGAAAUGCUCUGCCCUAUGCUCCUUCAUCUCUCGUCUUCCUAAGAAUAACUUUAAAAGUUUAACGCUACUAGAAACUUUUCUCUAAAUAAAAAAGUAUGAAUGGUGAAGCUAGGCUUUGUGGAGUGCAUUUUGUCUGGUAUGUUUUUAACCAAUAUAAUGGCAAAUGCUUUAAGUACAAACUAGGUGCUAGCACAAUUCUGGGUUAGAUGUAAAGCAAACUUUUUAUUUUGUGGAAGGUAUCUGACUACUGAGAAUCUAAUUCACCUUAUAGUCUUUUAUUUAUGUUCAACUUUGAAGCUGGAGAAGUUCAGCUUUUUAUCAGUCAACUCUACAAAUUUGCAUCAGCUGAUUCAUUGUAUUGUAGAAACUAACUGUUGUAUCAAGAUGUGCAAUUUAGUUAUCAGCAGAGAAGCUAAAGGUGUCACAAGUAGCUUAAAAGUAUGUAGUUUUCUAAUGCUGUUUUUCCAGAAAAGCUAUUAUAGCUAUGUAAAAAUCAACAAAGAUGGAUUGGAUGUUAAAGUGACUGAAUAUUUGGCAUUAUUUGGAGGAUAUUUCUCAAGACCAUUCUAAUAGGUAUAAUUACAGUUACAUUACUUCAUCUAAAUCAUGCUUGUCAGUUUUAAUAUCUUAAUUUGUUUGCUGGUACGUGAAUCACUGUUGGCUUUCUGAGUUUCAGCUCAUCAUAUAGAGGGAUAUUCCAUCCUAGUGGAGGAGAAUUACAGUUUGGUGAAUCUUCAAAACUAUUCAGAGGCCUACAUGAUUCUAAUGUGCCCCUGGUUGACAAAAGCCAUCUCCCCAGCCAUCCCAGUGUACAAUGGGCUCGUGUUCUUGUUUGUACUGGCAAACUUCAGCAUGGCAACUUUCAUGGACCCUGGAGUUUUCCCACGAGCAGAUGAAGAUGAAGAUAAAGAUGAUGACUUUCGAGCUCCACUCUACAAGAAUGUGGAGAUUAAAGGAAUCCAAGUACGGAUGAAAUGGUGUGCAACCUGCCACUUCUACCGUCCUCCACGCUGCUCUCACUGCAGUGUCUGUGACAACUGUGUUGAGGAUUUUGAUCAUCACUGCCCAUGGGUCAACAAUUGCAUAGGACGGAGGAACUACCGCUAUUUUUUUCUCUUCUUGCUCUCCUUAAGCAUGCACAUGGUUGGAGUGUUCACCUUUGGGCUCAUCUUCGUAUUAAACCAUAUAGAAAAGCUGGGAGCAGCUCACACCACCAUUACAAUGGCUGUCAUGUGUGUGGCUGGGUUGUUCUUUAUUCCAGUCAUUGGUCUCACUGGUUUCCAUAUUGUUUUAGUGGCCCGAGGGCGCACAACAAAUGAACAGGUGACAGGUAAAUUCCGUGGGGGAGUGAAUCCUUUUACCCGAGGUUGCUGUGGAAAUGUGGAACAUGUGCUAUGCAGCCCCUUGGCUCCCAGGUACAUAGUUGAGCCCAAGAAAAAGCAAGCUGUGAGUGUGAAGCCUCCUUUCCUCAGACCUGAUUUAUCUGAGCGACAGAUCACAGUGAAGAUCAGUGACAACGGAAUCCAAGCCAACCUCAACCGGAGCAAGUCUAAAAUGAGCCUGGAAGGUCUGGAGGAUAAAAGUAUUGAUGUACAACCACCUCUCCCACCCAAAGGAGAUCCAAGCAAGUACUCUGAGCUGAAAGGGCAGCUGGGGACCAAUGAAGAAGGUGGCCUUUCUCCCAAAAUGAUCAGCCCUCCUACACCUGCCAUGUACAAGUACCGACCAGCUUUCAGCAACAAUCCCAAAGUGCACUACCAUGCUACAGCUGAGCAGAUCACCAUGCAGGAAGGACACAGUCAAGGGGCUCUGAUAGAAGAGGAUGGCAGGAGCCUUGAUUACCAGUCUGAACCCAGCCUGGACAUCCCCAGCUACCGGAAGAGCUCCCUCCACAAGACCUAUCAGUCUUCCCCACUCCAGAUAGAUUCCUUCGCUGUCAAUUCACGAUCCCUGAGCCUGAAAUCUGCUGGCAGGAGAGGGACAGACAAAGUGCCCCUUCAUCCAAUGAAGUCUGAAGGGGCAGCUUCCACCCCUUACAAAAGCAUCUUUUCUCCCAAUUCCCUGUCAAACAGAAAUGGGAGUCUUUCAUAUGACAGUUUGCUAAACCCCAUGUCCCCCCCGGGGAGGAAGUGCAUUGCCCAUUCUGCAGUCAGCUCUGUUGGGUACCACUCCCCCUAUUUAUCAGCCAAAAUGUGCCACCUGCGGGGGAGCGAGCUGCAGCGCCAGCCCCCGCAGAGCUUCAGCCCCGUGCUGGGGGCCCCAGCUCCACAUCAGAGAGACCCCUCCCCAGUCCGCUAUGAUAACCUUUCCAAAACCAUUAUGGCAUCCAUCCAGGAGAGGAAAGAGAUGGAAGAGAGAGAGAAGCUCCUUCACUCACACCCUGAUUCGGUGUUUGCAGACUCAGGUGUCUAUGACACCCCUAGCUCUUACAGCCUCCAGCAAGUCAGCACGCUCUCUGAAGACCCACGCAGCAUGGCAAUGAGAUACGGAUCUAGAGACAAUCUGAUGGCUGCCAGUUUUAGCACAAGGAACCCUAUACUGCAGUCCUCAGUGUCCUCACUCUCAAGUGCAAUGACAAGAGCACCAAGGACUUCCACAACCUCUCUGCAAGCUGAUUUAGCCAAUAAUAAUGUCCAGUCCCAUCAAGCACUACAGGGCAGGGUGAGCAAUGGCUCCUACAAAUCCCCAGGCCACCAGGUCUCAUCGUCCCCCACAGGGAUGCCUAGGUCACCCUCUUAUGGAGGCCCAAAGGCUGUCUCGUUUGUAAACACUGUGGACAUUACAGAGGUGCAAUCAGUGGGAGCACAAAGGGAUGACAUGCAGUUGAAGACACCUCACAGUAAAAUAAACGGACAGCCAAAAGGAAUAUCCAGGUUGGGUUCAACAUCAAGUUCCCAAGGGACACCUGUCAGCCCUGCUAGACACUCAAACGUUAAGAAGGUGUCUGGAGUUGGUGGAACCACCUAUGAAAUUUCAGUGUAAAAUAAAAAAAACCCACAAAAUUAAAGAAAAAAAAAAAAAGAGCCAUCCACUCAGCCAGCCAUGAAGCAAGGAGCACUGUGAAAACUCAAAUAACAACAAAGAGGGAGCAGCAGCAGCCGGCCACUCUCCUUUUCUUGUUUUGGAUUUGUUCUGUUUUCGUUUUCUUUUUUGGCCAAAAAACAGCUGCAGCCUUAUUCUUGAGGGAAUAAAAUUGUACAGUCUAUCAGACUCUUCCUGAACCGACAGACAGGAACUGGCUAUGACCAAACACCACGACCACAGAGCGGAUUUCUUUAUCGCAGGAGAGCACUAGAACCAUUGUGCGUGCGUCUGUCCAACAAACCUGUUGUGUACUAGUUGUGCUGUGGAGAAGUAUGGUCGGUCCAGGAUUAUUCAGUUUUUCCCGUGCCCCUUCCCAGUUCUUCUGGCCAGUGAUGUGUCCAGCAGGAGUCAGAGGCCCAACUGCUGUUUUCCUACCAACGUGGAAAGCAGGCUUCCUGUGCUGGGCAGUCUGUGGGUGUGAGAACGGCUCUGUGUCCCCAGGCGUUGCAGGUUGGGUUCCUCCUCCUGGGAGGGAGCCAGGUGAGGGCAGUUUGGCCACAAAUGCCGUGUUGUCUUUAAAAGCCUCCUGGCUCCGUGGUCCCAGGAGCAGGAGAAAGGAUAGCAGCAGCUUCUCACUGUUCGCCAUUCGCCUCCCUGUGUGUGAAAUCGUGUGUGCGUGUGUGUGCGCGCGUGUUCGUCUCUUGUGGACAAGGACUGCAACACCAGUAAGGAUCUUCCACUCUGACCUCUUGCUCCCUCUGGUUUUUAAAGGCUUCUCUGACUCGGAAACAAAAUCAACCAAAUUAGAAAGGAAAUGUUUGGAUGGGAACAAAUCUUAAACAGCCAUCAGCUGCUUUCCCUGCACAGUCCUUAUUACCUGUUGGAUUGAGGCAAUAACAGAUUUUUACUGCCUUGCCCUGGUGCCGUCUGUGUAAUCCUGCAGUAGGGUUAUCAUGAUCGGGUGAAUUUACAGUAUGUUUAACUGAGCCAAGCAUACAUCUAAAGGAUAUACAUUUUCUGUCUGCCUAAUGACUAGCACAUUCCCUCUGGUCUUCAAUAGUGUUCAACAAAGGAUUUUCCAUUUGGUUGUUAUUUUUUCCCCUGGGGAACAACUUUUUAAAACAGUAUCAAUCAAACCUGUUUAACAUUCUGAGGUUUCCUUUUCCUGUCUCCAGAAAACUACAUUUUGUUGGUAUACUUUGUUGGAUUUAAAGACAAUUUUACUAUAAGAAGCAAGGGGUGCAUUACUUUUGUCACAAACACAAAGACUCCAGCAAAGCUAAUUUUGGGACAAAUUGAUUAUUUUUUUCUUUCCUCCAUUCCUUGUCUCCUUCUCCUUCCCAUUCAGUUACCACCUCAGAAGUCAAAAGUACUGAGAUCUGAACCAAUGCUAACUAGCCAGAUCAUGUGUGCAAUUAAGAAUAUCCUGAGUGACUGUUGCCAAAGUCACUAAAAAUAUUAUUUAUCACUGAGCCAGUCAGCAUACAAAACCUCAAGUUCCCACCUGAGUGUCCUGGUGAACAGUUUUGGCUAGAGAGCUAAAUUAAUAGUUUUUCAGGGUAUUUGUUUCAAGGCUUUGAAUCCUUUUCAGUCCUUGACUAUAAUGGAGAGCUCUCCAGCUAGCUGGUAGCAAUUCAGAAUGUAUUGAUAACAUUUUAUUUUCAUGCAUGUUGAAAUUAAUUUUUCCAGAAGGCAAAUAUUGACUUCAGUUUUGCCUGGUUAAAAUUUAUAUUUUGAUUUGAUAAAUCUUUACAUCUGCUGCAAUACAUUAUUAUGAUGUCCCUUGUAUAUCACAUCAUGGUUUGGAGAGGAAGGUUGAAGAAAACAGGAAAGCUAAUGAUCUAUGUGAUGUUCCGUGGUGCCUGAAGGGAGAAACCUGGAAAGAAAUGGAGCUGCAACAGGCCAAAGUUACGAGACAGUGAGCUAGCAAUCAGUGUGCAUUUUAUUGUCUUGGUGGUAUUUUAAAUGCCUACUGUAGGGACACUGAAGAGCAGAGAAGCAAUAGUCUUUCUAUGCAGAUUUGAUCACUGGCAUGUAGAAUUUUGUCUUUAGUUGAAGGUACCAUAACUGGAUCAGGUAUGGAUGGAGCAAUAUAUAUUAAAAGACUGGACAGGCUGGCUGAUGAGAAGAUUUAAAGGGCUAAAAACAUAUCACUGGCUGAACAAUGAAGUGGAAAUUGAGUAUCUUCAUUUUACAAAUAUGUUAGUUCAAAGAUGUAAAACCAAAGGUAAAUCAAAAGGUUGUCACUAGUAACCAAUGGUCUACAUUUAGAAGGGGGCAGAAAAGAUGGAAGGGAAUGGGCAGUGGAAUAGUCUUCCAAGGAAGAGUAUUGGUGAAACAGAAUCACAGAAUCAUUCUGGUUGGAAAAGACCUUUAUUGGAGACUAACUUUUUAGGACAGGCAAACUAUAUUCAGAUAAUUAAUUAUACAAUUUCUGCAAGAGGUGAACCUGCAGGGGCAAGGGGCUAGACCAGAUGGCCUUAUAGAUUUCUUCCAUCUUUAACUGUUACCGAUCUGCAACUCUGCCCUGAGGUUUACUCCUCAGGAAGAUGCAGUAUUUCCUCAAGGACUGGAAUUCACUCUGGUGCAUAGAGUAUCACAAGACUUACUUGUUUUUAAAGUAUCAUGUAUGCCAUAUGUAAGCCCUGAAAAUGAGGGCAUAUGUGACACACUGAAUUUGGGCUAGGGAGUUAGGCAAGGGCACAUUUUAUCAUGAAUCUCUGAACAUGUACAUGAAAUUCAUGCAAGCAAGGCUGAAAAUUUGCACCAAUGUAAUAUUUGAGAUUAGCAUCCCAGUGAUGCUCCACUCGGAUUGUUCUUUCUCCUGCAUUUAUAAAAGAAAAAGCUACUGAGGAACUUGAAAGGGUGAAGAGCCUUUGAAGUUAACUACAUUAGUUCAUGAGAGAAUUUCUCAGUAAGACUAAACACAGUAUUUUGUGUGUAAAACACUAAUAUCCAGGGUUAUUUUGACGUAGUUCAAAAGGGGUAAGGGAGGAAAGAAUGGAUGCACUGUGUCUUUACAGGUUCAGAUGUGAGGAUUAUAUAUUUUGGAAGCAGUUUUGCCCACAGUUGAGAGACAUUCAACUUGUUAAUAGGUUUACAAUGGUACCAAAGUGGUUUUUUUUGUUGUUGUUGUUGGUUGUUUUUUUUUUCCUUUUGAAGUUUGCAUAUAAUUCAGUGCACAUAGCCUGGAGUAAAUUAUUCAAAUCUUCUGAAAUAAUCUAAGCAGAACUGUUAACAGGAGAUUGAAUGCAGCAAAUCCAGCCUCAUUUCCAUACAAGGCACUGAACCUGCAGCUAUUUUCUCAUAAACGUAAGUGUCUGUUUCCAUAGCUCCUGUUGCAGGACUGGGGACCUAUUUAUUACAUUUAAUUCUGGAGCAGACUAGCCCAUGUUAAAAUAUAGUUCUUCAAGCAGUUUACAGAUUAGUAGUAAGGUUCUUCUGCCCAGGUAGUCUCUUUUUAUGUAGACACUGCAGGCCAAAUCUGCUGGUGUAAAUUGGUGUGGUUCCAUCAAUGCUCAUUUAAGUGAUGCUAAUGUACAGUAGGUGGGUAUCAGCCAUGAAAAUCCAGCACAAGUUAACACAUUUUGUAAAGUAGCUUCUCUAUUUUUGUCAUGUUUAUUUCAUGUUUCAGAAGUCUUAAAUCUUUUCAACAUGUUUUUAUUUUUA